CGCGCCGCUCCUCUUCAAGGCCCCCAGACCAUUUUCACAGGCAAGGAAGGCAACAAUUCAUCUGUCUAGAAUAAAAGGUCUCUGCAGUUUAGUUUACACUUCAAAAUGAGGAAAACAGUUGAUACAGACAAUGAAACUAAGACCGUGGACAGCAAGGAAACCCCUGGGUCUGAAAAGAAGAAGUCCUACUGCAAAUUGAAUACUGUUACAAGUGAACGUUCUCCGGGGUUGUCCAUACUGAAGAAGAUGAUCUUACUGCAGUGUACCGUCUACAUCUCUCUGCCCGUAAUCCUCUGCCUGUUUCCAUGGAUACUAGGCCAUGUCGUCUGUUCCCACUGGUUGAGGCUUCCGUACCUUGUGGACCUUGCUAGUCCAGCAGAGCUCUCCCUGAACCACACCCUAAACUUCUACCUCAGUCCAGAGGAGGGGAUCUCACUGGGUGUAUGGCAUACGGUUCCCGACAGCCAAUGGCAGAAGGCCCAGGGGUCGGGCCCUGAGUGGUACAGUGAGACUCUGGGAGAUGAAUCUCCUGUUAUUAUCUAUCUCCAUGGUAACGUGGGCUCCAGGGCCAUACACCACAGGGUCGAACUUGUGAAGAUCCUAAGUGCAGCAGGCUAUCAUGUACUGUCGCUGGACUACAGAGGUUAUGGAGAUUCCAGUGGGGAGCCCAGUGAGGUAGGGAUGACCUCUGACGCCAUCUACCUGUACCAGUGGGUAAAGACACGCAGCAGGACCAGCGAGGUCUGUCUGUGGGGACAUUCCCUGGGCACUGGACGUAUGAACUCUCUAUGCAGGGUGGCGACCAACGCUGCCGUGAAGAUACAGGAGCAGGCGAAGGAGUUGGCAAGAGAAAGAGCACGUGAUCCGAGGGACAUAACACUAGCAGAUCUGGAACCAAGCUAUGCCGUUGAUGGUGUGAUCCUGGAGGCUCCGUACACCAACAUGGAGGAGGAAGUAGCCAGCCAUCCCCUCAGCAUGCUGUAUCAGUAUCUUCCAGGUUUUGAGAGCAUUCUUCAUCACAUCAUGCAAAGGAACAACAUGGUGUUCGCUAACGAUGAAAAUUUAAAGACCUUGACCACACGUGUCCUUUUCCUACACGCUGAGGAUGACAAUGUGGUUCCUUUUUACAUGGGCCAGAAGCUGUACCAGAUUGCACUUCAAGCCCAUAGACAAUGGGAUGCAGAGGACCAGGUGGACAUGGUAUCCUACAGUGAAUCCUUAGGAUACUCACACAACUAUAUCUAUCUGGAUCCCAACCUGGCCAGUGUGGUUGGGCGGUUUCUACAAAGAAGGAAUAACAGCUAUUACCCUGACAACAUCCGGCGAGUCGGCGACUAAGCGUAACCACAUUUCAGGGGUUAGAGCUGCCCACUGUACCAACAGAAUGGAACAAUGAAACGUCCACGGGGGCCGGGGCCAUAUUUCUGUGUCAGUUUGUGUAUUGCACUAGUCUCUCAUAGUUGUCAGUGUCUGUAUUCAUUUGAAUAACAUUUUUUUUUUUAAACAACAUCAGAUCAGACACGAUUAAAUGUAUUUUGAUGUAACACAGAAUAUGGGAGAAAUAAGGGUCGUAAUAAUGAACAUGAAUAAUAUGCAACCCCUUGAUAAAAUAUGAGCCAGUUCUGUUAAGAAUGGACCACUCACGGGUAGCUGACAAACGAGUUGUUUCCCAAAUGGCACCCCUAUUCACUUUAUAGUGCACUACCUUUGAACAAGGCCAAUAGCGCUCUGGUCUACAGUAGUGCACUAUAUAGGGGAUAGGGGAGCCAUUUGGGACAUACCCAGGGUAAGGCCUUGUAUUUAGAAGGUGUAUUCAGAAAUACUGGGGAAAAAUAGAUAAUUUUGUUUGUUGAUUCUGAAGGUAUGUAGCAGACUGUUAUUUGUGGAUUCUGAAGGUAUGUAGCAGACUGUUAUUUGUUGAUUCUGAAGGUAUGUAGCAGACUGUUAUUUGUGGAUUCUGAAGGUAUGUAGCAGAAUUAUUUAGCAUCAGUUGGCUUUACAAACAGAGCUCAGUUUGAACUAAAGGGGCAAUCUGGGAUUUUACUUGUUUCAAAACAUGGUUAAAACAUUUCAAUCUCACAGA